UGAAAUCAUCUGGAAUUUUCUAAGUUAAAUUCAUUAAAAUUUUUGUCAAAGACCUUUUAGUUGUGAUGUUUUAAUAACACCUAAAAUUUUAGUCAUUUUUGAUUUUUCUAACCUUCUUUUAUUAUUUUAAAUUUUCGUUGAAAGAGAAAUUUCAAAAUCUGUUAAAAUGAAAAAAGGUGGCCAAAGCAACAGAGACAGAAAAAAAGAAGUAGCUAACAACAACAUGUCGUCUCCAGUAAAGGAAAGCGCACCGCUUGAUAAACCAACCGGCAAGCAACAAAAUAUAUUCUUACUAAUGGCAGAAAUGUUAAUGGCAGGUAUGAUUUUCGGGUUGCACGCAGUCUCUUCGGCUUGGUGGGGUGGCAAAAGAGGAGGAAGCACGCACCUUGUUUCUUUUCUAACUGCAACCGGCGUAACUGGACCGAUAAUGCUUCUAAUGUUCAGGAUCGAUCCGGUCAUACACAAAAUGGGCGAACUGACAAAACCAAUCAACCUGUUCAUUUUGAUCGUGUGCGCCGUUGAAUACAUUAUCGGAGCCGUCCUGAUCCUUCUGGACGCGAUCGGAUCCCGAUAUAAGUCUUAUUACAGAGAUGCUUCCAUCUGCACGGCGCUGUUCAGUGUAAUUCUCGCAGUUUUGUUGAUCGUCGAUAUGACCUUCACCUUGAAGAAAAGCUGAAGAAUAAAUCAAAUAGAUUCUUACCUUUUUUUUAUUAUA